AUGGCGAAGAAUCUUUCUUCCAGCCAAACGACACUACCAUACGCGGUCGACAAGUUUCACGAAGUCUCCCUGCGGCUUUCUUAUCGAAUCGGUCGGGCUGCAGAAGCUCACACCAUAGGAGAGAAAUUGGUGAAGCCCUGCCUAAUCGAAGCAGCCCGGAAUCUCUUCAAUCAAAGACAAGUGGACAAUUUUCAGAUCAUUCCUCUCUCCGAUAACACGGUCAAUCGCCGGAUCAGGGACAUAAGCUCAUGGCUGGAGGAAAAAGUCUGCAGUGAAAUCAAACUCAGUCCCUCCUGGGCUCUGCAGCUGGACGAAUCGACAGAUGUCAGCGGUUCGGCUAUUCUGUUGGUGCUCGUGCGCUACGUUUCCGAGUCCAGGGUCCACGAAGAGCUUUUAAUCUGCAAGCCCUUGCUGAGCAAUGCGACUGGGGAGGCGAUCUUCGAGCUGGUUGAGCACUUUGCGAGCACGUAUCCCUGCGAGCGGGGAUUUUCGGUCUACAUUGCGACGAAGAACAAGUACCGGAACCGCUUAGAUGCCGAACCAGACAUGAGGCUACAGUUGUCGGGAAACACUCCAAACUUCGCUGAGAUUUUGUCCGGAUGCCAGAUUCAUCCGUCGCAUUGA